AUGGCGAACUCAGACUGUGGGCACUGCGGGAACCAUGAAAAAGACAGUUUUCUAUACUUCGCCUAUGGCAGUAAUCUGUUGUCAGAAAGGAUCCACCUCCAAAACCCCUCGGCCACCUUCUGCUGUGUGGCCCGCCUGCAGGAUUUUAAGCUCGACUUUGGCAAUCCCCAAGGCAAAGAAAGUCCCACUUGGCAUGGAGGUAUAGCUACCAUUCUCCAAAGUCCUGGUGAUGAAGUGUGGGGAGUAAUAUGGAGAAUUAACAAAAGCCAUUUAAGUUCUUUGGAUAAGCAAGAAGGGGUUAGCAGUGGAAUGUAUGCUGUAAUAGAAGUUACAGUUUGCACUCAAGAAAAAAAAGAAAUAACCUGUCGAAGCUAUCAGAUGCAAAACUACGAUAGUGUUCCCCCAUCACCACAGUAUAAAGCGGUCAUUUGCAUGGGUGCAAAAGAGAAUGAUUUGCCACUGGACUAUCAACAGAAGUUAAAAGCAAUAGAACCAAAUGACUUCAAAGGAAAGCUCUCAAAAGAAAUUGAAGAUAUGAUUGAAAGAGGAAAAGAGAAACUAAGUACUAAAACAAACUAG